GCUCGAGAGAUGGAGAUGGACAAACGGAUUCAUUUAGAGCUGCGGAACAGGACGCCCUCUGAUGUGAAAGAACUCGUCCUGGACAACUGUCGGUCAAAUGAAGGCAAAAUCGAAGGCCUCACAGAUGAAUUUGAAGAACUGGAAUUCUUAAGUACGAUCAACGUAGGCCUCACCUCAGUCGCAAAGUGACCAAAGUUAAACAAACUUAAGACGCUUGAACUAAGCGAUAACAGAAUCUCAGGGGGCCUGGAAGUAUUGGCAGAAAAGUGUCCGAACCUCACGCAUCUAAAUUUAAGUGGCAACAAAAUUAAAGACCUCAGCACAAUAGAGCCACUGAAAAAGUUAGAAAACCUCAAGAGCCUAGACCUUUUCAAUUGCGAGGUAACCAACCUGAACGACAACCGAGAAAACGUGUUCAAGCUCCUCCCGCAACUCACAUAUCUCGACGGCUACGACAGGGACCACAAGGAGGCCCCUGACUCAGAUGCUGAGGGCUACGUCGAGGGCCUGGAUGACGAGGAGGAGGACGAGGAUGAGGAAGAGUAUGAUGAAGAUGCUCAGGUAGUGGAAGACGAGGAAGAUGAGGAUGAGGAGGAGGAAGGUGAAGAGGAGGACGUGAGUGGAGAGGAGGAGGAGGAUGAAGAAGGUUAUAAUGACGGGGAAGUAGAUGAUGAGGAAGACAAAGAAGAUCUUGGUGAAGAAGAAAGGGGUCAGAAGAGAAAAUGAGAGCCAGAAGACGAGGGAGAAGAUGAUGACUAAGUGGAAUAACCUAUUUUGAAAAAUUCCUAUUGUGAUUUGACUGUUUUUACCCACAUCCCCUCCCCCUCCUCCAAAUCCUGCCCCCCGAAACUUAUUUUUUUCUGAUUGUAACAUUGCUGUGGGAACGAGAGGGGAAACGUGUACUGGGGGUUGCGGCGGGAGGGCGGGCGGGAGGGGGUGGAAUAAAAUACUAUUUUUACUGCCACUCUUUAUUUUUCCCCCUACUUUUUCUUUGUGUCUGGUUUUUGUCCCUGUAAAUGCGAUAGCUGAGUACACGCCAAGUGAGCAUUUGUUCCUUACUCUCAGAGAGGAUGGUUUGGAGUUCUACAGUUCCAGGUAUUUCCCAGGUCUCUUGAGUUGGUUGGAAAGCCAUGGCUGGCCUCGGUUUGGUCACUCAAAGCCCAGGAGGGGCUGAGUACCAGCCAUACCUUUAACUCUUGCUCUGGUUCAUGUGAUUUCUGCUUUUCUUGGGCCUGCUAGAGGCAUCCAACGCCCAGGUUUGUAAAUAGCAACCU